AUGACGCUCUUCGGGCAACUCUCUGGUUACCCCAAGCUGCUCCUGGCCGGCAAUCCCUCCCGAGCUGAGCUAGGGACACUUUUGGUGGGAAUAUUGUCGGCGAUUGCUGCUGGUGUUCCCUUUCCAAUUAUCGGUAUCGUCUUCGGUCAACUGCUCGACGAUUUCAACGAUGUUACUUGCAGUCAAGCCGAUGGAACCGCCUCGUCCAGCUCCGACUCCAGCUCUCAGUCCGACAUCAAUAGCAAGAUUCUGUUGAUUGUUUACCUCGCCGUUGCCCAAUUCGUUCUCAUUUAUAUGCACCUACUAUGCUGGACCAUGACUGGUGCACGCCUCGCGCAGAGACUCCGUGAAAAAUACUUGCAGAACUUGCUCCGGCAGGAACCCUCUUUCUUCGAUAACUUGCCCGCUGGUGAGGUUGCUUCUCGUCUCAAUACCGAUAUCCAGACUAUUCGUUCCGGUACAGCUGAAAAGGUUGGCAUCUGUCUGUCCAGUUUCUCCUUCUUCAUCACGGCCUACAUUGUGGCCUUCAUUAAGGACUAUAUUUUGGCUGCAAUGCUUAUUUCCUUGGUUCCCGCCUAUUUCUUGAUGUCCUUUGUUGGAAGUCAUUAUAUUGAGAAAUACACCGGGCGCAUGUCCGACUACGCCGCUUCCGCUGCGUCGAUUGCCUCUGAGGCACUCUCCAACAUUGUUGUGGUGCAGGCCUUUGGUGCCAACGGCCGUCUGGAGCAGAAGUUCUCGAAAGCUCUGAAGCAGUCCGAGACCGAAGGCUUGAAGAAAGCUGCUGCUACCGGUAUCCAGGCUGGUUUCCUGUACUUCAUUGCCUAUGGUGCGAACGGUCUGGCCUUCUGGCAGGGAAGUAAGCAGAUUGCCGAAUCACUGGGUGGAGACUCAGCUGGCAAAACUGUUGGAUCUAUCUUUACUGUGAUUUUCGUCUUGGUUGAAGCUACUCUGCUCCUGAGUCAAGUUGCUCCUUUUAUUCACCUGUUCACUCAGGCUGUGGCUUCGUACAAAAAGCUCCGCGAUGACAUUGAGCGCAAGCCUUUGAUUGAUGGAUGUGGCGAUAACGGCAUUCGUCUCUCGCAGGCCGAGGGCGGAUUCGAGUUCAAGGACGUUUCAUUCAUCUAUCCGUCUCGUCCUGAGAUCACUGUUCUCAACAAAAUCAAUCUCUCCAUUGCUCCUAAGAAGCACACUGCCAUUGUUGGUCUUUCUGGAAGUGGAAAAUCAACCAUCGCAGGUCUAGUCAAUCGGCUAUACGACGUCACCGAGGGCGAGGUCCUUUUCGAUGGUCAAAACAUUCGCGAUCUCAACACUCGUGACUUGAGAGGAUUCCUCAGUCUCGUCCAGCAAGAGCCUUCUCUGCUGGACCGAUCUCUAUUGGAAAACAUUGCCCACGGUUUGAUGAACUCGAGCAACCCGGCCCAUGCACACCUGAAGACUACUCUCCUCAGCACCGAUCUUUCGGAUGUUGCUGCUGAAAUCAGAGGAGGAUCAGACCUUACUACAGCCGCCGAGAAGCGAGGUGCUGAAGUCGUCGAAAUUGUUGCCUUGGUCCGUAAUGCUGCGCAGCUUGCAGAUGCCGAUGGCUUUAUUGAGGCUUUGCAGUACGGAUAUGCCACUCUUGUUGGCUCAAGUGGACGUUUGAUCAGUGGUGGACAAAAGCAACGUGUGUCUCUGGCCAGAGCUCUUGUUAAGGACCCCGCAGUCCUGAUUUUGGACGAGGCCACCGCUGCUUUGGAUUCUAGAAGUGAACAGCGCAUCCAGCGUGCUAUCAACAACAUCUCGACCGGCCGAACUGUUAUCACCAUCGCUCAUCGUUUGUCUACCAUCACCGGUGCCGACAAGAUUGUCUGUAUGCACAAGGGAGACAUUCUUGAGGAGGGAAGUCACUCUGAAUUGAUGGCCCAAAAUGGUCCAUACUCUGAACUCGUUAAGCUGCAGACUCUUGGGUCUGCUCCUAACAAGACUGAAUCCACUGUCAGCGUUGAAACCGUCAGCAAGUCUGACGAUACCUCUAUUACAGAGGUCGAUAACGAGAAGGGUAGUGUUUCAAAUGACACUGAACCCGCCAAGGAGGCCCAUGUCUCUACCACUGAACAGGCAGCCCCCGAGUCCGCGGAGGAUGAGGAGGAAGAGCCCGAUACUCCCCAGAAGAGCCUGUGGGCUCUUUGCAAGGGAUACGCACCUGCUGUUAGACCCCAUCUGCUUAUGAUUCUUGCUUCGCUUCUCGGUGCCACCAUGGUUGGUGGAGCCUUCUCUGGUGAAGCCGUCAUCUUCGGUAACACUGUCGGUAGUCUGAACCCCUGCAAGAGCGCAGCCAGUAUCAGGAACCGGGGUAACUUCUAUGGUCUCAUGUUCUUCGUUCUCGCUUUGAUUGAGUUCUUUGCCAACAUCGUUAGUUGGGGAGGAUUCGGAUAUAUCUCUGAAAAGAUUGUCUACAAAGUCCGCGUCCUGUCUUUCCGGUCACUCUUCGAGCAGGAUCUUCAAUGGCACCAGUCUAACGGCAGAUCUCCUGCACUACUUCUUUCUUACAUCACUCGCGAUGGUAACGCCUUGGCUGGUCUGAGUGGCUCUGUCAUCGGCACUCUAUUUGCUAUCACCAUCAACCUGAUUGCUGCCAUCGUUCUCACCCACAUUAUCGCGUGGAGAAUCGCUUUGGUUUGUUUGGCUGUGGUUCCCCUUCUGCUUGGAGCUGGUAUGAUGGAGCUCAUGGUCCUCGGCAAAUUCGAGGAACGCCACGAGAAUGCCUACACUAAGUCGGUCGAUAUUGGCGUCGAAGCAGUCACCUCUAUCAAGACCAUUGCCUCUCUCUCCCUCGAAGAGGAUACCCUGCAGACUUAUCGUCGAUCCCUGAAGGGACCCCGCAAGGAAACACUCACGGUCACCAUCCAAGCCAGUCUAUGGCAAGCAAUGACCUACUUCCUCGGUAACCUCGUCAACGCUCUAGCUUACUGGUGGGGUUCCAAACAAAUCGUCAACGGAAACUACACCCAAACCCAGUUCCUGAUUGUCGUCUUCUCUCUUCUCGUUAGUGCCCUACUUUGGAGUCAGAUGUUCGCGCUCGCGCCCGAGCUGUCAGCGGCACGAUCUGCCAUGGCCAGAAUCCUAGGCCUAAUCGAGAUCGGCAAGGACCAGAUGAACGGAACCCUCAAAGAUGUCGAGUCCAUCGAGGAAAAGCCCACCUACGACUCUGGCAACCCAGCCUCGAGCGUACAGCUCCGCGAUGUCCACUUUUCAUACCCCGCUCGCCCGGAUAUGAAGGUGCUGAAGGGUCUGAACGUUGAUAUCCGCCCAGGCAAAUUCUGCGCCCUGGUUGGACCUAGUGGUGCCGGUAAAUCGACCAUCAUCUCCCUAGUCGAGCGUCUCUACACACCUGAAUCCGGCGGUAUCUUCAUUGACGGCGUCGACGUGACAAAGACAACUGAUGUCUCCUUCCGUGACUGGAUCUCCCUGGUCCCCCAAGAAAAUGUCCUAUUUGAGGGAAGUAUCGAGUUCAACAUCGGGCUCGGCGCCCGACCUGGUCACGACGUCAGCCCUGAAGAAAUCCAGGAGGCUUGCAAGCUUGCCAACAUCCACGACGUCAUCAUGGCCCUGCCGGAAGGAUACCAGACUCUCUGUGGACCUAACGGUAACCAGUUCUCCGGUGGCCAGAAGCAGAGACUGUCCAUUGCUCGUGCGCUUGUUCGAAAGCCUAAGUUGUUGAUUCUUGACGAGUCCACUAGUGCUUUGGAUGCGGAGUCUGAGAAGCUUCUGCAGGAUGGUCUUGAGAAGGCUGCUCGGGGUAUCACUGUCAUUGCUAUUGCUCAUCGUCUCCACACUAUCCGCAAGGCGGAUGUGAUCUUCUUGAUCGAUGGUGGUGUUUGCACUGACCAUGGUUCGCACGAGGAAUUGUUGCAGCGGUCAGACAGUUACCGUUCCAACGUCAUGCACCAGACAGUUGCUACUUAA